AUGCUCUUCCUCUUCUUUGUUGCUGCUCUGAGUGAGACUCUUUACUACAACGUCCAUAAACAAUCAAACGAUGUCGUAGACUAUGAGAGAUAUGAUGUUGGAGUAUGUUACAUGACUAAAAAUGCUGAGUACUUCCAAAUUGAAUUAGCUUCUGGUGCCUAUAGUCGCAAGUAUUAUACUGAUGCUGAUUGUCAAACAGCUGGCUCCACUCCAGUGGAAAACAUUGACUUUGCCGCUUCAAACACUUACUGGACGAAAACCGUUGAGGCCAAGUACACAAAGGAGGUCGCCUUUACUGCAGAAGCCAAGACUGAUUGCCCAAAUGCCGAUAAAAAGAUGACUGGUAUGUAUAACAAUGAUGUCUGUUAUUCAUUUGGUGGAGCAUAUAAGAAGGCUGUCAUACUCGAAGACGCAGGUCUCAAGAAGUGGGCUCUUGCUGUUUAUAACGAUGCUGCAUGCACUAAACAAACUUCUGCCACUGGUAAGGUUGAGUGUAACAAAUGUGCCUCUAACGUUUAUACUGCUUGCUAUGAAUCAUCGGCUCCAAUUGAUUCAGACACCCCAGACUCAUCUGCUCUCAAUUUUGUCUUAUUGGCUCUCACAUUCAUCGCACUCCUUUUCUAA